GAGGCGGAGUAGCACAAUGUCAAGUGCUCAUUUGUUCUUCUUUUUGCCUUUCUUAUAGAUCCCAUCUGGAAGAAACACAGAGAGUAGCACGCCGAAGGCGGUUCCCGUUCCAUAGAGAAAGAAGUGAUUCCACAGGGUCCAGUUCAAUUUAUUUCACUGCUAACUCGGGAGCAACCAACACAGAUGAUGGAGAAAGUGAAGGCGGGUACACCACAGCCAAUGCUGAGUCUGAUUAUGACCGAGAGUCUGAGAAGGAGAGUGAAGAAGGGGAGGAUGAACUGAGCUGUGAAACAGUGAGAACAGCAAGACGGGAUUCCCUGGAUCUCAUCAACGAGGAUGAAACGCAUUUAGUCCUUGAUUCCUUGCAGGAUGAAGGACUGAGCCAGCUACUGCAGCAGGCAGAUCACUUGCACAGUGGUGAUGAGCAGGAGAAGAGAGAGGGAUUCCAGCUGCUGCUGAAUAAUAAACUGGCGUAUGCAGACCAGGGAGACUUUCUUUGGCGCCUAGCCCGAGCAUAUAGUGACAUGUAUGAUAUCACAGAAGACACAGAUGAGAAGAAAUCAUAUGCAUCUGAUGGGAAAGAAGAGCUGCAGAUUGCCUUUCAGAAGUGGGAUCAAAGUGCUGAGUGUCAUCAGUGGUAUGCCAUUCUCUGUGGGCAGCUAGCAGAACAUGAGAGCAUCCAGAAGCGCAUUCAAACUGGAUAUAUUUUUAAGGAACACAUUGAUAAAGCGAUUGCUCUGAAACCUGAGGAUCCAAAGUCUUACUACCUUUUGGGCAGGUGGUGUUACCAGGUUUUCCACCUGGGAUGGCUCGAAAAAAAGACUGCUUCUGCUUUGUUUGAGACUCCUCCUACAGCCACUGUACAGGAUGCACUACAAAACUUCUUAAAGGUUGAGGAGCUAAGUCCAGGAUUUUCCAAAGCAGUAAGAGUGUACAUUGCCAAGUGCUACAAGGACCUGGGGAACAACUCUGCAGCUCUUCUCUGGAUGAACCUUGCUUCAGAACUGCCAGUUAACACAAAAGAGGAUUCAGAAGCUGAGAGAGAACUUGAGAAGAUGCGAUGUGCCUUGGAAGAAUAAGAGCAGAAGAGCUCAUUCCACUCAACACUGCACAGACAAUAAAAUUCCAUUGAAAGGGGUUUCAUGAUUCUAGCAAGUUUGGUUGCACAGCAUGGAUAAGCCAGAGGAGCUGCCAGGAGGACACACUCAACAGUCUCAUCAGCACUUCCAGGGAAGCAUCUCGGUGGGAUUUAAUGAGAUAAAAUCUUGUGUUAUUUUCCUAUUGAGAGCACAACAUAUGUUUGCUCGCUUUUAAAAUUCCUUAAAAAAAAAAAAAAAAAAAAAAAAAGAAGGCCAAAUAGUCAAAAAAUCAACCAGAUAUUAGCAUGUAGGAGUAUAUAUAUGUACACACACGUGUGUGUAUAAUACCUGAGUUUCAGAUCUGCUUGCUGAUGAGCUUCCUGGGGAAGUCCUCAGCAGAUAGUUUUCUCUAAUUUGACUGUUUUCUCUUUUCCUUUCUAAAACAUCCUCAUUGAAUCAAUUGAAAUAACUGAUUGCACCUUUGCAUAGAUGUCCUGCGGAGAGAAAGGUGAGAGUCAGUGGGCACUGUGAGGCUGAUUUUUAGCAACCUGAUGCACUGCAGGUUGUGGGAGUUCCUCACUUCCUUCAGUCUCUUGUUUCAAAUCGACACUGACACAAUGGCUUGAGGAAAGGCCACUGCACAAAAAAGACUACAUUGACUUAAAAUAAGUGAGUUGCUGUGAAAAAACUGAUGGUGAUGUCCAAAAUACAGUCCUGUUGGUCCUGUCUGGUUAUACCUAAACUACCUUCCUGGUUUUCUGUUGAGGAGAAACCAGCACUGCUCGUUACAGUGAGAAAAUACUGAGGAACCAAGAAGAUCUUAUGCACAAGAAAAACUUUAUUUUUAAGAAGUGCAUGUCAGAACAGCAAGUAAUGAGGUUUUCAACUUCAGGACUUUCUCCUAGUGACAUCACUCACAUGAGAGCGAAAACUUGGUGUGUCCCUCCAAACUAUGCAGCUAUGGUUUAGAUAUAAUAGCUUAGCAGUUGUUUAUCAGUGUAACACUGGUUACAGGAACAGGAAUACUCUGUGGCAGAGCUGACGCUUUGCUGUGUAUUCCUCCAGUUCUUGUUGACGAAUGCACUGGCACUGAGAAAACGGAGUUGGCAGCUGACAUUUUCUCAGACAGCUUCUGGGUACCAAACAGAGAAAGUAAACUUUGCUGUAUGCUGACAAAAAGGGUGAAAAACAAAAACAAUGUUCAGAAAUUUCCCAAAGACUUGAGCAAGGCUUGCUUUAUAUCCUAGCACAUUUCAGCUUUUCCCCCUUGAUGUUACUUUCAUAAAGUAGAUGUUAGCAGACUCAAGCUCACAAACUUCCCAGUUUAUAUAUUUGACACUUUUCAGCUAUUUUUAUUUUGGUCCAAAUAGAACUCUACGAUUUGGAUUUGCUUGAGACUAUACAUAUGAUUCUUACAAAUAGAGAACUGAAUUCUGCCAGGCUGAAUCACUGGAUCUUUGCCAAAAGAUACCAGCAAUCCAGAGCUUUUCUUAUUUGCAGGCCUUCACCUGUUGUCUAACUCUUCAAAAUGUAGAACAUUAGAGGUGAUUUUGAAUUAGAUUUACAUGCUGUGUUUUCAAAGAUGCAAUUUCUUUUUGUUCUUCGUUUCUUUCUUGCUUAAUAUCUGUUUCCAUACAGUGAGCAACCAUAAGUUUGAGGGAAGAAAAUGCUGGUCUGUUUUUCUGCUUUGUGCUUUGGAUUCUGCACUGGUUAGGUUUCAGUCUUUCACACUGUGUAUUCUUUGGGGUGAUGAUGUAAAUCCCCUUAGCUUUAAAAGGGUCAUGGAUGAGGUUCAGUUACUUGUCAAGGUGACAUGUGGAUGGAAGGAUGUCUUCAGAUGGUAAGUAGAGAGCUAGGAAAACAGAGCUUUGGGUUACAGACUAAACAAAGCCUGUUUGGAAACAAAUGCCAAAGUCUUGUUUUUCUUACUGAUAGAAGUUGAAGUGAGGGAAUCUCUUCCUCGUGUCUGUACUUCAAUAGCUUUUAAGCAAUGCAAAAACCAAGACUUCUUUAAUUUUGCACACAAUUUUUAAAACUCUGCAGAUUAAUCCCUGAGUACAAUGUGAAUUUCUCAAAGGUGCCUGCACUGUACACUCCCAGGAGUUGGAUUUUCAUAGUAAAAGACUAGAUGUUCUUCCAGGCUUAUCGUAGGGUAAGACAGAACAAUUUCCUGAGCUAGGCUGACUUUGGAAACACACCUCCCUGUGGCUAAACUAUGAUACUAUAGAAUAACUGAAGCUGUUUAACUAAUUUAUCCUCACUGUGCUGGUCUGUUUGAGAUAAGGUAUUUGCAAUUAAGGAGAAAGCCAUCCUGCUUAAAGUUUCCUGUGUCACUGUCUUGCUUGUUGUGUUGGUACGCAGACAGGUAAAGAAACCCAACAGUCAGGAGGAAGUCUUCUAAAGUAUUGUGGUGUCUAUUGUAUGUGUGGUGGUGUGCUGGAAUAUUAUGGGAAGGUAACAUAUAAAAUUCUUGUUUAUAUAUCACUGUUUAUACAUAUGUUUGUAACUGUGUGGGUUACGCCUCUAAUACAUUUUGUAUGUAAAUACCAUGACUACUGUUUAUGUUUCUAAAUUGCACCAAAGUAAUACAGCCACAAGUUAUGGUGAGCAGUGUGCUCCAGGUGAGGUUGUUUUUCAAUAAAUGUGAGUGAUCAGUUGUUA